CGCCGCGCGUCCGACUCGCUAGUGUGCUUUUGACAUCGGCAAACGCAGUCGUGAGCUCCGGAGCGGUUUCGGAUACUUUUAUUUAUAGUUUUAAUCGAAUAAAGUCGUGUGACGUUCGUGAAUACCUGUGAUUACCCAGGAUACCAUAAAUAUGAGUAUUGCUGACUUGAUUCAAGCUGCUGAAUUCCUCGAAAGGCGCGAUAGAGUGAUCUUUGUUGCAGAAGCGGAGCACGGAUACGCGUCGAGUUUGCCGGGCUGCGAAGAGUCCCGGUCGGGCGGACGGCGUCCGAAGACGAAGAAAUCCCAGGGCAGCAGGACGACUCAUAACGAGUUGGAAAAGAACAGGAGAGCACACCUCAGAUGCUGCUUGGAGAAAUUAAAGGACAUGGUGCCACUAGGACCCGAAGCGUCACGACACACUACAUUAGGAUUAUUAACAAAAGCCAAAAGAUUUAUAAAGAGCCUGGAAGACAGAGAAAAAAGGCACUCAUUUCACAAGGAGCAGCUGGCUCGGGAACACCGGUACCUCAGGCGGCGGCUCGCGCAGUUGCACGCGGCGCCGUGCGAGCUGAACGCGCGCGCGCUGGCCGACGUGCUGCCGCACGCGCAUAGCACGCGCGCGGACUCGCUGUCUUCGCUGGAGUCGUCGUCGGGCGUAUCCACAGCGGAGCGGUCGCCGUCGUCAGUCUCGGAAAGUGACGAAGUGGACGUGAUCGGCUACACGUCGAACCAGAGCGACAGCGAGUCGCUGGUGUCGGGCCACAGCGGCGACAGCGGAGUGGGAGUGCGCGCGAGACGCGUGCGCGCGCGCACGCCGCACGCGCAAGUCCACCACGCGAGCCACGCGCGCGCGCGCCGCGAGGCGAGAGUCUAGGUGGGCGGAGCGCGGCGCGGGUCGCGAGGCCGGGCCCUCGCCGUUAUACUUCGUAACGUUAACGUAGAACAUUUUGUUGGUACAUGUACUAAGGCGAAUGUUGUUUCUGUGACUUGACGUGACCGCAGCCGCGACCGCGCCCGCCGCCUUCAAUCCCUCACGUCCACACCUCAGACAUCCAUCACUCGAGUACAAAAUUGCCAAAAAUAUCAUUCAAAGUUUAUUAUUUUCACACAGAUUUGUAUUUUUAUUUCCCUACGCGAGCUAGGCUCGCCCAACGCUGCAAUAUCGAUGUCUAUUCCAUGCUAACAUCGAACGAUUCCAUUUUUUGUGUUUAAAACACCUUUUGUGUGCAGAAGUGUAUAAUAUAUUUUUCACUUUAUAAUUUUAUUGAUAUUUUAACUUUACAUCUGUAAUAUUUUACGCUCUUUGUACAGCUUCAGGGGGUCGAGUUUAAUUAUUAAUAUAUUGUUUAGUUUGUGAACACCGUGUACAAAUGUGAAAUAGACAGCCCCCCAAAGAUUGACGUUAUCUAAUAACUUGUAAAGUGCUCAUCUUAUUUUUCUAUUUAUUAUUAAAUUUUGUAUCGGAAGUAUUCGAAUAUAAAUUAUACGGUCUUUGGAAAAGCGUUUUGAAAAAACUCUCUAGGUACUUAUUGUUAUUGAUUUCCACAAAAAUACGCUAAUUUAGCUAAUGUUGUAUAAAUAAAUAUCAAUUUUAUAUUUUGUAUAUAAUUAUUUUUCUUGUAUAAAUUAAUCAAAUAGUUCUUAGAUCUGUGAAUGUUUUGCGGGAUCACGCCGCUAUAGGAUUGGGUUCGUACACAAAUAAAGGCCCACCAAAAAAAAAAAACAAUUUUAGUACCUACAUUUUAACAUUAAUUUUCAUUAAAUCCAAGUAAGUACUAACUGUUUGAUGGCUAUGAGAACUCUACGAGAUAGUCACAUAGAUUGUUUCAUUUGAUUGCAUAACUACAUUGUAUAUUUUGUUAUAAAAUAUAGAUUUUAGUCGAUUUAUUCUUAUACCUAAUAGCUAAUCUUGAAAUCAGUUUGCUGGAGUUAUAGACUUUUAUACAUGUGCCGUUAAACUUGAAAUGAUUUAUAUUUCUGUUAAACGCCGGAAUCUAGUAGCAAAUGAACUAAACAGGUUGUAUAAGUUAGUCAAAUACUUCAGAAAAUGUGUAGGUGUAAGAAUGUCGACUACGAAUGUUCUACAUCACUACUAACCAUCGUAUUGUUAAGUAUUAAUAUUGAAUAAUAAUGAUCUCACUUCAUCGUCACACGUCCAUUCGAGUAAUCUGUCAUAUACUUGUACAGUCAGCUGCAAAAAUAUGUGACUAUCCACAUUUAUGACUAUCUUUUUCAUAUUAAUCAAAUAGUAACAGAUUUUUCAUCUGACUGUUAAUAAAAUUUGUGAAAAGAAAUUAUUUUCGUAUAGAAACGUUAUCAAAUAAUUUCUUUGUACAUCGACAAUAUCACAAGACAUUAAUAUGUACAUGAAGCGAUAUUUUGAACUUUUUAUUGUAAAAUCACGUGUUAAUUUGUAUGUUAAUUAGUCACUAGAUCAGUGUUGGAAAAGUCUUAAAUGUCGCAUAAUUAAAUGUUGUAUAAUUUCUUGUAUCAGCGCGAGACAAUAUUACUUUAAUGGAUAUUAAUUUAUGUAAACAUUCAUGUACCAAAAAAACAUAUUUAUAACAUGGAACGUAAAGCUGGACAUCACUGUGUGGAUUCGGAUUUAGCAAAGAACUGCUAUGAAAGUACACAUAUAUUUUUGUUAUACUAUUGUAUCUUGUAAUAAAUUGUUAAUUCAUUUUGUGGAUGAACACGACUGAAUUUGAUUGUCUUUGUUUCUGUUUCGCCCGACUGGCCGCGAGCCCGUGAGACCACGCCCGUCGGCUGGUCUACUAAUAUUGUAAAUUGUUUUAGGAAUGGAUGUAAUGCUAAGGAUAGUUGUAACGUAUUAUCAUUUUGUAAGUAUAAUACAUUUGUUUUAGAAAUGACAGUCUGAUCUCUUAAGGUAAUGCGUGAAAUCGGUAUACGGCAGAGCCGUGAGCCCGUCGGCGGCCCUCGGCGCGUGUGUGGCACAACAGAGGCACAGACGUGGCACGGAUGAGGCAAGAAUUCGAACUUAAAUAGUUCAACUUUUGCCACGUCUCCGUCAUAAUGAAGCCACGUUUUGAACAUGUAACGCGCCCUACACUCACCGCUCCCCGCCGCCACAAGACUAAUCAUUUGAUUAUUAUCGUAAAAACGUCCACUUUUGUAUUUGUUUAUGAUAUUCAACCAUUUUAGAAAAUUCUAAAAAAAGAUUUUUAAUUUUUGAUUUAUGAUGUAGAAUUUUAGAAAAGUACAAAAAACAGUCAUUAUUCCUGGUUAAAAUAUUUGUCGUCAACUGACGCUUUAAUUAAAUUAGGUAAAUUAUAGUCCAUAAUUGGAAUGACUGAAUUAGGAUUGGCGCUAAAAAUAAUGAUACUCGAGGAAAAUGUUGUUUUUGAAAAUUGUUGUUGUGUGGACGCUAGGUGGCCGGCGGGGUCAGUGGCCGAUGCUAAGUCAGCUGUUUGCAUCGCUGGACCCAACCACGAUAACAAUGAACGCGGCUAAAAAUGGAACUAUCGAAACAUACAGUUUUUGGCAGAUUUGUUUAUAAGUGGCGCCCUCUUUACUAUCGUGGUUGGAUUACCAGCGCCUCUGUCAGAUCCUGCCUCAAAAACGUCAUCAAAAUUAUUUAACUUUCGGUAAAUUAUUUAUGUAUCGCAAAAUUUAUUUAUUUAGAACCGUGCUUGUCAUUGUCCAACGUACCGGUGUUUUGCUUUGGUCAGUUUUAACGGCCAGUCCUCCGUUCGGAACCUAUAAGGAAUAGUAUUAUGCGCCAAAUUAGAAAUUACAGCCCAACCGAGAUCUAUGUACAACGUUAUUGGGGAAUUUAAAUCAAUGGCCAAUAAAACUUAAAUAUUCAAAGUCAAGUUGGUCAGUCUAUAAAAGCUGCUGAUCAUAAGAUCUUGGUAGAUCUGUAUAGCCUUGUAAGACUUUUUGCCAACCAUUCCAACGGCAUGAGCAACCAUGUCGACUAAAGAAGAUUGCUAACGUAAGUGUAGGUGGAUAAAUGAUGGUAGAAGAAUAAUCUAAGUCAGGUGAUGAAAAAUUAUGUUCUUGUAAAAUUUUUCAGUUUUAGAAUAUUGUUUUUGCAACUGACUGUACCAAAUAUCUAUCGCUAAAUAUAUUUGAUGAAUGUCCACCAGUUUGAGGAGACCGUUAAGUUGCCUUACAGUGUAGUUGAAUAUGAUUUGGCGUGUAAUACAGAUAAUAGUUUUUCGCUAAUUCGUAUAUUUUGCAACCGAGUGUACUGGGUGCAAGCGGCGACGGGAUGCUAUGAGAGUACAAAUUCUGUAUAAGCCCCUACUUGAGUGUUAAUUCUAAAUGUUAAUUUUUAAAACACGAAACAGGGAGAAGUUGUCGCGGUACGAAACUAGUGUAGCGCGGGCGAAGAUAGUCGCUAUGAAUACAGAGGCCCUAUUCCGUUAAAUAUUUUCGAUAUAUCCGUCUUUCUCACUCGACUGAGGUGUGAGGGAGACGGAUAGAUAUUUAGGAUGCGUUUAACGGAAUAGACCCGCAGUCAUCUCUGCCUUCGGUGUUGUCUGUUUCUUAUUAAAUUGUCUCUAUCCUAUUGCUACAGUGAGUUUUGUUUGCAUCUUUCAAAGUUUCAAUCUUCAUGUAGAACACUAAACGAUAAGACAGGUAUAUCACUGUAACGAUAGGGUAUUGGGCAGGUGCGCCGCACUAUAGCGCGCACCUAAUUUUAGAUAAGAAAAACUGAUCCUGUUGCGCUUUUCCUAACUUUCACCUUUAUUUGACAGUUCAAGUGGUGUUGCCAGUUCCUACAGUGUUGCUACGCCUUUUUUGCGGGCGGUUUUUUGGAAUAACGAUGAUCCUAUUAGCUAAAUUGGAAUAUUUAAAAUAGACGUAGUUUCUAAAAUAAUCGCGUAUUCGUAGCAUCACUGUAACUAGAUGUUACGGGCUCUGAGCUGUCAGAAGAAGUAAAUUUAGAGAACGCGCGCCAAAAUCAGCCCGUGUUAUUAGAAAAUGAAAUUGCAAUAAAAUGUCCCUCAGCCGAUCGUCGCAGCCCCAGCGUGAGAUAACUUAGUCUCGUGUACAUUGUUAGUCCGGCGUUGUAAAAAAUUCAGCAAAUGUAAAUAUUGGAGACAAAAUUUUUAUACAAAUUAUUUCGUAAUAUAUUCUUGGACCAAGUUACGCGGGGGCUGCGACGGCGGUGCGGCCGCGGAGCCUAGACGGCGCUCGAGUCGAUAUGAUCAUGCGCAUAAUCAUAAAAUAUAGUCAAAUGUCCCUUGCAAUGUCUUAUAAUAUGACCCGAUACCAACACUGUUUCUUUACGUUGCUAAAUAACUUAGAGAACGCCUGAUGAAAUUGAUAUUGUGCUCGCUGUUUUUGUUAUUCCUUCGUCUUUUACAUAAUUAAUACCUUGUCAACUAUUCGAACAUUUUUAUAAUUCUCACACUUUUUAAAUUCAAAUCCUAUAUCCGUGUAAUUUUUUGUGCAAACGAUCGUUUUCGAAUCGAGCGCUCGACACCCAUGUACAGUCAGUCGGGAAAUUUCCUUCAACUUGUGUUCAUUCGACGCCGAGGUAGUGGCGUUCCAAACAAAUGUUAAUAGUUACAAUUUAGUAAAAUAGCAACACAAGUCAACGCUUACGAGUUUCUGCGGCUGACUGUACCCCAGGGUUGGCGACACGCAGUCGUUCUUCUGAACGUAGAGGCAAACAUAGGUACUAUUAUGACUACUGCUAAUGACUUGGCAGCAUUAUUCAAUGUAAUUGACGAAUGUGGCACAUAUAUGUAAAAAAAAGUUAUAGAAUUAAUUUAAUAAAAUUAUAAAUAAAAAUA